AUUUUCAACACAACAAAGCUCCUCACACACACACACAAAUAUGUCAACAGUUUUAAUUUUUUCUUUAUAAUUUGAAAUGCAGGUUGUGUUUGUGUUAAUGGAGGCUUUGAUCAAUUACUACUAGUAAAAAACAACAGUUUUACUUGAAUAUGAUGAAGGCAAAAACCAGAGGAACUUCUAGGGUUAGUAACAAUCCACAACAGAUGAUUUUCGAGCUUAAGCAUCGCGUAGUUAUCGCUUUAAACAAGCUUGCAGAUCGCGAUACUUUCCAAAUUGGAAUCGACGAGCUCGAGAAGACUAUCCAGCGUCUCACGCCUGAUGAGGUUCCUCCUUUCUUGUACUGCAUUCUCGACGUUGAUUCCGCGCAGAAGAGCGCUGUUCGUAGGGAAUGUAUUAGACUUAUAGGCGUUUUAGCUUCGUUUCAUGAGGAUCAGAUUAGUUCACAUCUAGGCAAAAUUGUAGUUGGCGUUGUGAAGCGGCUUAAGGAUCCUGAUUCGGUUGUGAGAGAGGCGUGUGUGGAGACUAUGGGAGUUUUAGCGGUUAAAUUGGGGGGAAUUGAGAGUGGUGAAGGUGAUGGAGUGUUUGUUGCGCUAGUGAAGCCUCUUUUUGAAAUUUUAGGGGAACAGAAUAAGCAGGUGCAGUCUGGUUCGGCGUUGUGUUUGGCUCGGGUUAUUGAUAAUACUGCUUAUCCUCCGACUACGAUUUUGCAUCGAAUGUUGAUUAGAACUGUUAAGUUUCUUAAGAAUCCACACUUUUUGGCCAAACCAGCGGUCAUUGAGUUGAAUAGAAGUAUUAUUCAGGCAGGUGGUGCAUCAACACCAAACUCCUUAAGUGCUGCAAUGACUAGCAUUCAAGAAGCUCUCAAGAGCAGUGAUUGGGUCACACGUAAAGCUGCUUCUGCAGCAUUAGGAGAAAUAGCUUCAAGUGGUGGAGCUAAUUAUAGUUCUCUAAAGUCAUCCUGUAUAUGUGCUCUUGAAUCAUGUCGCUUUGACAAGGUCAAGCCAGUUAGGGAUACGGUGCUGCAUGCCUUGCAUCUCUGGAGAAGUUUAAUAGGUUCGGAUACACCUGCAUGUUCAGAUACAGGAUCCUCUUUAAAAGAAACUUUUUCUGGAGGUGGCUAUGGAGAUAUUAGUAGUACCAGUGAAUCUACAACCAAAGCUGUUACAUUUACAAAAGGUGGUUGUGAUUCUGUUAAGAAAAGGAGUCCCCUCUCUUUACAAAAAGUUGGGCAAAAGACCAAAGAAUUUUCUCACAGUUACAAGGAAAAUGAUUGGCAAGUAGAAAUUGCAGUUCCUAAAAAUCAUAAUUCUUAUCUAUCAGAUACUCACAAUGAAGAAUCUGAAGGCAGUUCUGUUACUAAGACAUUUGAAUCGACUAGCAAUGAUAUUUCUAGUACUCAAUAUAUUGGGUUUGAGUAUGUGCCGGUGGAUGACAAACAAGAAUCUUCAUCAGUGUCUAAUGUGACAAAUGACAAGUUUGAAACUAAGCUGGUGCCAACUUUCCAUAAUAGUCGUUUGAGGGAUCCAGUGGUAACCGAAACAGGAAUAGGUAAGCAGUUCUUAAAUGGAGAAGUCAGUGCAGAUCAACAAAAUCGUAAAGAAAUUCGGGGAAGUCUUGACUCAGUAGUAACCAUGUCAAGCUCUCAAACCAUCAGCACCUGUUGCUUACAAACAGCAAAUGAUAUGAUAAUGGUGCGAAAGCAUCUUUUGGAGAUCGAAAACAAACAAUCAGAACUGUUAGAUAUGUUAAAGGUGUUUACCACCAACACAGCAGAAACUUUGUCCAUGAUACAGUUGAAAGUAUCAGGUCUGGAAGAUGUAGUUGGUAAAAUGUCACAACUAAAUGGUGGGAGAUGCUACGAUCUAUCUGCUUCCAAACUUUCAAAGAGAAGCACCACUCUUGUUUCUCCUAGACUCUCUGUAUGCACUCCUAGGCCGUCUGUUGAAAUUUGUAAUAAACAGCCCCCAUUGCCUAAAAGGGGUAAUGAGUUUUGUGAGGAGAAAACAUCUGGCAGAAGCAAAUUAAGAAGUUCUACUGAACAAGGAGUUUCCAUGUGGACAGAAAGUAGAAAUUCUGCUGCAGAAGGCACACAUAAAAGCUCUAGGCAAGGAGUUGGUGGCAAUCAAACAAAAAAUCUUGGUUCUGCCGCAAAUGCUAGACACUAUUCAUCAGAACCUAAAGAUAGUCCAUGGACACUUGUAAUAGGCCAUCUUUCGAAAGGUGACCUUGAUGCUGCAUAUACAGAAGCUGUGCGAUCUGGUGAUGAUCUUGUUCUGAUUGAACUUCUUGAGAAAACUGGUCCUGUACUAGAAGAUUUAUCACAGAAGACGGCAAAUGACGUACUCAGAACUUUAGCAACAUACUUCUUGGAACAAAGAUUUAUUAAUUCAAUGAUACCUUGGUUGCAACAGGUUGUGGACUUGAGUACUCUUCAUGGACCAAAUUACCUUGCUCUCUCGGCAAAAGCAAGGAGAGAAUUUCUAUUUGCAAUUCAAGAAGCAGUGAAUAUAGAUUUCUCCAGUUCUGCAGAGAGAAGAUCUGUCACACAGCUAGUGAUGAAUCUGCACCAAAUUUGGGGAAAAUGCUCCUGAGAUAUGUGCUACAGAAACUUGAUGCUGAAUAUAAUGAUGUUAAGGAUGACAAGCUCCGCUUACAAGCUUCUUUGAGUGAUCGUUCCUGUCCUUUCCCCUGUUUGAGAAAUGAAAUGCCAAUUAAAGCAACAAAAAUCAGACCUGAGCACUUGCCUACAGAUUAAGUAUGAUGAUCAUAACUGAAACUCUUUUUAAGUAGUUCCAGGCAAGGAAGGGUUGGCCAUGAAACAUUAAGACAAUGCUGAUCGUUUUUAGACUCCUUAUGCUACAGCAAUGUAUUUUCUUCUAUCACAGUAUUGUACCUGCAUUGAUGUGCUAUUUUCUUAGUUCCACGUGCUCCUUCCGCAACCAACGGGAAAUUGACGUGUUUUCUUCA